UUCACCAUAUCAUUUAGAGCUGUCCCCGAUUCCCGACAUUUUCGUCUCAUUUCGAGACAGUUUUUGACAUAUUUUUCAUCCAUUCCGCCUCCUGGGGUUUCAUGUCGGGGAGGCGAUGGACUACAACUACUUGAACCAGCCGGGCAACCCAAGCCAGCACCAUCACCCUGUCACCGAGUACAUGCACCCUUCAACCGCACACUCCCAGCAUGUGUUGUACCAACAGUCCUUACUCCCGCACCAGAUGCCCUACCCCGGUGGUAUGCUGCCUCCUGAAUUCAGGGGGGUCGGUGGUGGACCCGAUCAGUGCUCUCAGGUUGCGGAAGUGGCCAGGAAUGAAAAUGUUGUGACUAUGGUGAGCGUAUCAGAACAAGAUGUCCACACUACACUCCUUCAGAUGCAAAAUGCUCUAUCAGGCAACAGCACCAUUGGAUACAACACACAAACCAGUGCUGGCCACCCCCAUGCCACAAGGUCACCACCAAAUAGACCCAGAACCCAACCAACUCAAGCCAUAGGCACCGCUGCACAACGCACCGGCACCAUCCAACCACAGGCAGCACCUGCAGAAGAGCAGUCAGCGCCGCAGAACCUAGUGGCAUCUGAGCAGUCCGAGGCACCGGUAGAGUCGCAGGGUACCGGCAAUGAAGGGGAAGAACCAGAGGAGCCUCCAUUGGGUGGUCCUCUACCCGAGGGUUUGACCUACAGGAAGCUUGGCCCAAAGACGAUCUGUGUGGUGGCUGAUAGGGAGAUCCCUGCAGGGGUGCGCUUUGGUCCGUUCAAGGGUUCUUUUGGAAAGGGACCCAUUCACUUUAAUAAUAUCUUAUCUUGGGAGAUGACUCUCGAGGGGAGAGUGGUCGGUUUCCUGAGUCCAGUCAAGGGGGACAAGGCGUGGACCACCAAGGUCCGAGCUGCCCAGCAUCUCGGGGAGCUGACCGCCGAGGCUGACCAGUACAACGGACGUAUCUACUUCACGACAAUCAAGGAGCUACAACCCGGUGAGGAAUUCAAGGUGUUCUAUAGUGCAGACUACAGGGAGAGCUGCGGGUUCAAGAUAGGCCUCCAUGACCUCAAGUACAAUCAAGAAUCGAAAGGUUUCGAGUGCAUCUUCUGCCCGUGCCACUGCAGCAACCCAAAGAGCCUCUUGCGACACAUGAAGCUCUUCCACCACAAAGACAAGCGACCAGAAAUUGAUGUUGAAGUGCAACAGAUGAAUGAGGAUAGAGAUUCUUCAGAAGAGAGAGACGACGGGGAUGUGCCAAUCGGCGAGGGAGAGGAAGAUGUCAUCGGAGUCUCAUCUGGAAAGGGGUUUCCAAGUGAGGGACCUCUGAUCAUACAUGAGAAUUUCCAUCAGAAAUUGGGCAUUGGUGGAAAUGCAGGCAACAUGGAAGACUGCCUCACUUGUGAGAAAUGCGGCUUCAUUUGCCCUGACAAGGCAGCUCUAGAGAAUCAUAUACUUGGUCACAAGAAGGCACCCUUCGGAUGUGACGAAUGCGGGCGUGUAUUCAUGUCGCAUCAGGGCUUGACUGGUCACAAGAGGACAGAUCAUGGAACAGCCUCUAAAGACCGAUUAAAAAUCAAGCUGCGGGUACGGAGGAAUGGUUCUGGCAGGAACUUCUGCAAGACCUGCGGCUACACCUGUGCUGGUCCAAAGGAGUAUCAGAGUCAUAUCAAUGGGCACAAGCAGUAUCCCUUUGGGUGUCCCGAGUGUGGAUGUCUCUAUGAACAAAAAACCUCUCUCUUGGUUCACCUCAAGGAAAGGCAUAGUACGACCAGCGGAAAAGGACAACCAAUUCUGAUGUCUCUGAAGACGAAAGGUGGUGACAAGCUAAGAUGCUCUAAAUGUGGGUUCAACUGCCCUAAUGAAAACUCAUUCAACGUCCAUAUGAAGAAUCAUGAUAAGGCUCCGUAUGGAUGUGACAUCUGUGGGCUGAUGUAUACACAGAAGCAAUUUGUCAUGCGGCAUAAACGUGCAAAACAUGGUAUAUCCACCCCUGAGAAGCCUGUCUACAUGAGGCUGUCGCCUCCAUUUUCUUGCACAGAAUGCAACAAGACAUAUGUCAAUCCGAAGAGCUUCAUGAAACACCAGAAAGAGAAGCAUGGGUGGCCUGCUAAUCCUCAAGAUAAGUUAGGUAGUGCCAAUGUACAAAGGCCUGGAGACUUUGAAUGUGACCUUUGUCCAGAGACUUUCUCAACACCGACAGCCUUUAAUUCACAUCUUCAAGAAGCACAUGGUAUUGAGCCACAUCCCAGUGACUUGAAGAAGGGAGGAACCAAAAGAAGGAAUUCAGCAGCCCAGCCACCAGGAACUAGUGGGUCUUCAAAGGACACACAGGGCAGUGUUCUCGGGUCAACAAGAUGCUACAUCUGUGGCAAGACAUUCAUCAAGUACAGCUUCCUGCAUGAUCAUCUGAGGCAGCAUCAUGGCAUUGAGCCUUUGACCAGAGGUGGUUCUCAGGGAGCAGAGACAUCCCAGGCUAACCAGAAUGAAGAACAGAAUGGAGCAGCCCCUGCAGAAGAACAAGAUAAGGGAGAGCAGAUUGACAUGCUUGGGAAACCCAUGGACUACUAUAACCGCCCUCGUCCUUUCAAGUGCAAGCAUUGCCCUCGAAGGUUUGUCUACCGUCAUCGUCUCAGACGCCACGAGUACAAGGUCCAUCUAGGAGGUGCCAAAUUCAGCUGCAGCUUCUGCACCAAAGGCUUUGACAUGGAAAGUCAACUCUUGGUCCACGUCCAGAAGCACACCAACAACCGACCAUUCAAGUGUACCCUCUGCACGAAAUCAUUUGCCUCUCAGAGUGCUCUUGACAAUCAUCAGAAGGAACAUACCGGGGAGAAACCUCACAAGUGCGAUGUCUGCGAACGUGGCUUCGGAACCCGUAAACUUAUGACCAAACACAAACUCCGAGUCCACAGCAACAAGGAGAAGAAGUUUGUCUGCUCUUUCUGCGGUAAGAGAUUCCUGGCCGGUAAAGAUCACAAGAUUCAUGAAAGGCGACACAAGGGUAUCCGACCCUUCGUGUGCCUAUCCUGCGGCAGGGCUUUCAAGGACAAGCAUUGCCGAGAUGUUCAUAUGCGCAUCCAUACUGGUGAGAAGCCUUACGUCUGCAAGCAGUGUGGCAAAGCCUUUCCUCUUCCUCACCGACUCACUGAUCAUAUUGUCAUGCACCAAAAGGAGAACAUGGAGCAGCAGGCAGCAGCCGCGGCAGAGGCGGCCUCGACUUUAACAAACCUACCUGUACAGCCAUAAUGCGACGCAAUCAAGAAUGAUGUAGAAGUAUUGUAGUUAGCUCCAUAUGGAAUGUCUGAAAGUGACAUUAUAGAGGGAAGAAUUAUUAUUUUUUUUGGUUGUGGGCUGAUUUGUCGGAGAAGGGGACGGUGAGGAGGAGAAGGGGAGGGUUAGGAGGAAAAAGGCAGGAAGAGAAGGAGAACAUUUGAAAGGGGAUGAGGUGAAGGAGGAGGAAAAGGAGGGAGGAGGCAAAAUGAAUGAGUAGGAAGAGGAUAAGUGGAGGAGAAAGAGGUGUAAUAGAACACACACACAAAAAAGAAGAUAGGAUAGGGAGAGAGAAGAUAAGGAUGUUUAGUGAAAAUGAAACAAUGUAGCAAGAUAACAACGGAAAGCAAAGGAGUUAUACAGUUGAUCCCUCAUUCAGAUGACUAUACAACAGAAGAUGAGUAUGAUGAUUUUCUUAUCUAUAGGCCUGUCGAGGCUAUAAUUCCACGUAGCUGUAUCAUAAAUUCUAUGUUCUCUGUAUAUUCUAUGCCUGAAACAUCAUUGUCUUUUGUAUUUUUCCUGUUGCAUGUACAUGUACAUACAAGUAGAAAGGUAUAUAUUCUGCUUUUAUAGCAAGUUUAAUCUUGGAAAUCAAGAAUGGUAUAACCAACAAAAUUUUAAAACAAAUUUUAAUUUCUAAAUUGGACCAACAUGCCUAAUGUUGUAUUUUGCAAUAUUUUGUCCUGUUCAUGUAUCAAACCAUUGAUGUUUCAUGUAAAAUAUUGUUUCCCCAAAAUUUCUUCAACAAAUGAAUGUAUCUAUCCUCGUUCCUGAAUGGCUUAACUUCUUAUCCCCCCUCAAGUUCUUGCUAUUCAAUCAAAAGAUUGUAACGCAGGAAGGUGACACAACUCUAUUGAGCAUUCUAAAAAGAUAUUUUUAUUUCAUAUUUUUUAUGAAUUGUAGCUGUCAAAUUUUGCAAGAUCAAGUGAACAGAUUGUAUGUACCUGUAGUCGUAAACAUUCCUUUUCUUAACAAAAUUGAUUGCAUGAAUAAUCAUUGUAAAUGAUUUUAGUGUUUAAGGGAAAUUCCAUUUAAUAACACAAAUCCCAUAUCCAGUAAUACAUGUAAUAUGAGAUGCUUGAUAUUUUUCUUGGACCGCAUUGUAUAAAAGCUAACAUUAUAAUUGAAUUGCAGCAAAACCUUUAUAAAUUGCAUUGAAAUCUAGUAGUACAGUAUUAAUCAAUAGGUGUCCACACUCCAGCAUCAGCUAUGACAAAGAAAUGUAUUUGCCCAUACACUAUUGUCCUCAGACAGUUGGGCUCAUGAGAUGCUUUGUACAUGUAGGAUCUUAUGCUGGAUACACGCCUGCUAUUGUGCAUCUGUUUAUUUCAUUUUUACUCUUGCCCAUCUAAUGGUAAUUUUCAAACCAGUAUGGCUUGCCAUAGAUAUAACCCUUAUUAGUACAGACAUAAGGUCAUUAUGAACUUAAUAUCAGACAGCUUUUUGGAGCAAUCUCCAUACAAUGUCUUGAUACAUUUCACCUCUUACAGGAUCUGGGUUUGCUCUGAAAAAAGAAAUGCAUGUUAAUAUAAAUUAAAACAUUUUAUUAAAGUGUGUAUCUUUCAAUGUUAAUACAGUAUGUAUGUAUUGAAAAAAAGAAGAAAGUGUUAUGUAAUUGUACCACAAUCGUUCAAGAGUUGUCUUGCAAGUUUGUAUAUAGGCAUGAUGUAUAUCUUCUCAAAUUAUUAAUUUAGUUGCUGGAUUUGAGCACUUACGUGUUUUUUUUUCUCUGACAUAAAAUGAUAAAUGUCAAUGUUAAGUGGCAUUGAAGCAUUGGAAUACCUUAUAUCGUAUUCACGUUUGGGACUUUUGCUUUCUUCUUUUUCAGUAUUAUUCACUGACGAAUUCAUUCUCAGCCAAUGGCAUACAAGUGUUUCAAUAGCUUGUAACAGUCAUAGGUGAUUCUGCUUUAUUGAAAUACUCCUGUAGUCUCAAAUGGUGGAGUUUUAAGAUUCUUUAUACCUAUGGUCAGAAUCUAGUCCCGGUAUUCAGAAAUUAUUUUAUCUUUUGUCUUUUGUGUAUGACACCGUUGAGAUGGCUUUGAUCACCCGAAAGUGGUUUUCAAAACUACUUCAUGUAGAGCGACCCUGUUGCUAUGGGGACACUUUCAGUGGGGUGACAUAUUUUCUGCGAAAUUUGAAACCGCAUCAUACAUGUAGGCAUUCCACAUACAGUGAGUGGAGUAGCACACUCGAAAUGUGCGAAGAUUGCUUCUUUAGCUUUAAAGGUAAAAGACUGCAGUUGCAGCAAACAAUUAUUUCAUGAGAAAGUCUUUUAAAUCAAGGUUAUUGUCAAAAUAUUGUCAUACGUCUAGAUCUGGUACAUUAAUGUCAACUUAUCUUUGUAAGAUCAUGAAAUCUUAGCUCAAAAUAGAUAAUUCUGAUGAUGCACUAUCACAAAGAAGCAUAUGUGGGGCAGUGUAUUAAUUAAUAUUACUUCGAAAGUACCCGACAUCUGAUGGAAUUCCGUGGUUAUUUUGCUCACUUCUCAGCAGUUAUGCAUUUGUUCCAGAGCUAUUUGGCAC